AUGUUGCAUCUCUCGAUCUUUUGGAUCGUAAUUUUGAUUCUUUAUCUCUUUUACGACACACGAAAACCGCGAAAUUUUCCCCGAGGUCCUAUUUGGCUUCCCGUUAUCGGUAGUGCGUUAACUGUCAAGAAGUUUCGUGACAUCACGGGGAUGUUUUGCAAAGCUGUUCCCGCCAUCGCCGCUCAUUAUCGAGACAAUCGAGGCUUAUUAGGACUCAAAAUCGGCAAAGAUCGCAUCGUUCUUACUCUAACAAGCGAUUCGCUGCGUGAAUUUAUGCUGAAUGAAGAUCUCGAUGGACGUCCAAUGGGUCCUUUUUACGAAACGCGCACUUGGAAUUUGCGUCGCGGCGUUUUGCUGACAGAUGGAGAAUUUUGGACUGAGCAACGACGAUUUGUCGUGAAACAUUUGAAGGAAUUUGGCUUUGCGAGACGCGGAAUGGUCGAAAUUAUUCAAAAUGAAGCGGAAUAUUUGUACGAGGAUUUUUACAAUAUGGUCGAAAGUACGCGGGAAAAAGCGGCGCUCGUUAAGAUGCAAGGAAUUUUCUCGACUCCCGUGCUGAACACGCUCUGGGUCAUGAUGGCGGGCAAUCGAAACACGCGGGAAAACAGGAAAUUGAAGGAAUUGCAACAAUUGCUGCAUAAAAUGUUCACGACAAUCGAUAUGGUUGGAUGUCUUUUCAGUCAUUUUCCGUUUUUGAGGUUUGUGGCGCCUUAUGCUUCGGGAUAUCGUCCGUUUGUGCAAACGCAUGAAGCGUUAUUUGAUUUUUUGCGGGAGGAAGUUGAGAAUCACAAAAGGACGUUUCAUCCGGAAAAUGAACCACGUGACUUGAUGGAUGUUUAUAUCAAAAGUAUUUUGGCGGAAGGUCCAACGUCGAAUUUUACGGAGCAACAAUUGUUGGCAGUGUGUUUGGAUUUAUUCGUUGCUGGAAGUGAAACAACAAAUAAAUCCAUCAGUUUUGCCUUUUUAUAUUUGGUACGGAAGCAAGAACUUCAACAUCGGAUUCAAAAAGAGCUCGAUGCCGUCAUUGGGCGUGAGAGAAAACCUCUGUUGGAAGAUAGACCAAAUUUACCUUUAUGUGAAGCUGUCGUCCUCGAAGCAUUGCGAAUUUUCAUGGCAAACACUUUGGGAAUCGCUCAUCGUGCCUUACGCUCAACAAAACUCUGUGGCUUCGACAUCCCGAAAGAUACGAUGGUUGUUGGCUUGUACCGCGGCAUGAUGAUGGAUCCAAAAUUAUGGAAAAACCCCGAAGAUUUCGAUCCCGACAGAUUUCUGUGCGACGGCAAAGUCAAAAUCCCCGAAUAUUUCUACCCCUUUGGUCUUGGCAAGCAUCGUUGCAUGGGAGAGCUACUCGCACGCUCGAAUUUAUUCCUCUUCAUCACGACACUCUUGCAAAGCUUCUGUUUCGAAGUUCCUGAAGGACAUCCGUUACCUGACGACACUCCCAUCGAUGGCGCAACUCCGAGCAUUCGGAAUUACAGCGUCAUCAUCACGCAUCGACCGAGAAAUUAAUUAAAAAUAUUUUUUUUAAUUUUAAGGCGGAAUCUGGAAUAA